CCCCCCGGCAAUGGCGGCAAUACCAUUGCACGUACAUUUCCGCUACAAGCUUUAGAUCGCUCGCUUCUAUAUAUAUAGCCGUAUUGGCGUUUGUGGCUUGGCAGUAAGCACUAGCCAGCCAAUCUACUACUCUCCUUCCUUCAUUCCUCCUCCCCGGCCGGCUGGUAAAUUGGCCGGUCAGCCGUCGAUCACCAUGGGCGGUUCGUCGACGUUCAUGUUGGCGCCUGCCCUGGCGACGGCGCUGAUACUCCUCCUGCUGCUGUCGUCGUCGCCGGCGGUGGUGGCGCGGAAAGAUUCCGGGCUGUCCGUCGGGUUCUACAGGGAGCUGUGUCCCAAGGCGGAGAAGGUCGUCCGGCGAGUCGUCACCAAGGCCUUCAAGAAGGAGCCCGGCACCCCCGGCGACAUCAUCCGUCUCUUUUUCCACGACUGCUUUGUCCGCGGUUGUGACGCAUCGGUGCUACUCGAGUCAACACCAGGGAACAAGGCAGAGAGGGACUCGAAGCCAAACAACCCCAGCUUGGAUGGUUUCGAGGUCAUAAGUGAUGCCAAGGAGAUCCUCGAGAAACUUUGUCCGCAGACCGUCUCUUGUGCCGACAUCCUAGCCCUCUCCGCUCGUGAUGGUGCCUUCCUUGCUGGCGGGCUCGAUUAUGCGAUUCCAACGGGUCGGCGUGAUGGACUCGUCUCCAAGGCAGACGAUGUUCUCCCUAGUGUCCCUCACCCUGACUUCCACCAUGAUCAGCUUGUAGAAAACUUCACUGCAAAAGGUUUUACGACGGAGGAGCUGGUGACGCUGUCCGGAGCCCACACCAUCGGCACCUCACACUGCUCAUCGUUCACGGACCGUUUGUACAAGUACUACAACGACGGCGCAUACGGCACUGACCCGGCGAUCCCCGCGGCGUACGCUGCGCGCCUCAAGAAGAAGUGCCCGCCGAAGACGGCGGCGCACAACGACACCACGAUGGUGCAGCUCGACGACGUGACGCCGUUCGUGAUGGACAACCAGUACUACAAGAACUUGUUGGCCGGUGCGGUGGCGUUCGACUCGGACAUGGCCCUCAUGGACGACCCCGAGACGGCGGCCCUCGUGGAGCUCUACGCCCGGGAGCCCUCCGACUACUGGAUCGAGCGAUUCGCCGCCGGGAUGGUGAAGAUCAGCAAGAUGGACGUGCUCACCGGCAGCGAGGGGGAGAUCAGGCUGAACUGCUCCAAGGUGAACUAGUAAUUGGUUGAGCUAUUGGUUUGUCUCUGUAUGUAUGCUUGGGGAAGUUCACGAUAUAUAUUGUUCUAUUGUGUUAUUUUUAUUUGGUACGUUUUUUAUAUGGUGGUGUGAAAUAUGGAAGCACAUUUCCAACAAUGCGUAUCACUCGAUUUGAGUUGUGAAUUCGACAAGAAACAAUCAUGUACUAGUACUACUACGUCUCGCUUUUAUUUAUGCAUUUGAUUCGACUGCCA